AUGUUAAAAUUUAUUAAGAGUCGAAAACUUUCCAGCCAAAUUUCUAACCAAAGCUUGACUUAUGUCAAGGCCUUUCCAGGGGUGACAGUAGAAGAUAUGUCCGACUUCGUAAUUCCCUCUCUCUGCAGAAAACCUGAAGAAGUUAUCCUUCAUGUUGGCACGAACAACCUCAAGUUCUCUAAGCCACAAGAAAUUGCUGAAGGUAUCAUCAACCUGGGAUUAAAGAUACAAAAUCACUCUCCAAAUUGCAAGAUAACUAUUUCAUCGUUGAUUUCAAGGUCAGACCAAACUCUUCACAGCAAAAUCAAGGAGGUGAACAAAAUUGUGAACCAGUUUGCCAAGCAGCAUGCCUGGAGAACAAUCCCUCACUCCAACAUCAAGAACGAACCUCUUAAUGCUGGUGGACUUCACUUAAAUGUAAAAGGUACCAAACUAUUCGCUAAAAAUCUUAUCUCACAUCUAAGGAACUCGUGACCCUCUACCAAUCCCGAAUCUGUUCUUCCAAGUAGCAUUCUCUCUAGUACUAAUAAAUUUAUUCCUAAUACUCAGGGCUUCAAAAUGGCUUGUUUAAAUAUAACUAGUCUUUAGAAAAGUGUUGAUGAACUUCGUGUCCUUUUACAGAAUAAUAGCCUUGAUUUGUUAGCUAUCAACGAGACACGUUUAAAUGAAACUAUUGCUGAUAAUGAGAUCAGCAUUAGUGGCUCUGAUAUCAUUCGUCGUGUUUGAUCUUUAAACGGCCAAAACCGUGGUGGAGUUUGUUUUUAUGUGUGUUCUAACAUUUAUCAUAUUGUGCGUGAGGAUCUCGUAUCUGAUCAACUCGAAAAUCUUUCGAUUGAAAUUGUCAAACCAAGAAGUAAGCCAUUUAUUGUUGCAACGUGGUAUAGACCUCCCAAUUCACCUGUUGAAUUAUUCUCUGCAUUCGAUGACUUUGAUGCGGAUGGAAAAGAAAUAUGGGUGAUUUCAACUGUAAUGUGCUUCCUGUGUCUUUUUAUAAUGCUAAUACUCAGGCUCUGUUAAAUAUCACCAAUAUUUACCGCAAAAUUUCGUCACCUAUCAAGGGAAAUAGCACUAUUAUAUAUAGACAAUUUGAGCAUUUCAAUCGUGAUAGCUUUCGCCCUGACAUUUUAGCCCAACAAUGGGAUGAUCUCAAGAGAGUACAUAACCCUAACGAAAUGUGGCUAAAAUGGAGAACUUUGUUCCUAGAGGUGUCUCAUGUACAUGUCCCCUCCGAUCUAAGCGCGUUCAUGGUUCCAAAGGUCCAUGGAUUACUACGGAGCUUAAGAAAAUGA